AUGACCUCUGUACCUGUCACUUUUGAGGAACUACAGGAUUUUAUCCAGGAACAAGAACGAAUAUUAACCAAAGAGAUAAAAUAUGAUGAUAAAUUCAGGAAUGCCCUUAAAGGAACAAAAAUAAAAGUAAAAGAAGAAGAAAUGGAAGCAAUAUUGAACAAAGUUAACAUCAUAAUGAAGAGGAAGUAUAAAUCUAUUUUUUUUACUCGACAGUCUAGAUUUCAAACUAUACAACAGAUAAUUCAAUUGGAGAGGGAAAACAGACAAGAUAAAGCAAAUAGUAUGAAAGAUAUCAACAAACUUUUGAAGAUUUUUGAACAGAGGGUAGAUGGAGCACUUGUUCAAGAUCCAUUGAAUGGAAGGCUUUUUGAGUUGAUUUCCGAAUUGCCAGAUUCCAAUUUUUUGGAAACUAAUAGCGUCGAGAUAAUUGAUGAGUACGAUAGUAUACGUGAGAGGCUGCAAUCUAAUACCGAAAAGAUUGUGCAACUACAGAAAGCAAACGAGGAAAUAGAUUUCUUGAAUGAAAAUGUACGAAGCCUUCUUGACCAUAGUUUGGCAAAUAGAGAAACCGAACAAGAAGAUAAUAUAGAUCAAAACAUUGACUCUGAAAUUGAAAAAAUGAGGCAUCUGCUUUCCUUGGCCAAACAUAACUAA